UGCCAUUGAAGUCAUAAAGAAGAUGUUAAAUGAAGAGCAACUCAAAGAAUUUAGAAAUACAAGUUUUGGAGGACUGUUGGACAUGGGUAAUCUAGAAUGGAUGAAUGGACAGUUGUUGGUAUUAAUAGCUGAAAACCAUGUGAAGAAGCUUAACAAGAAGAUUUGGACAGACAUGAUUAGUUUCCAUAUAGGAAAUAGGAUGGUGAGUUUCAGGAAGAAUUAUUUGGCAUUAAUAACAGGAUUUAAGAUGGGAGGAGAGAAACCUAUAGUACCUGGAGAAGACAAUAUAUGUGACAUAUGGAAAAGAUUUUUUAACGGAAGGACUAAUGUUUCAAGGGCUGAUAUAACAAGGGCUUUUGAGAAGUUUGAUAAUAUACAUGUGCAAAAGGAACCCAUAGAUAAGGUUAAGCUGGUAGUACUUAAUUUGAUUGCAAAUUUUAUCAUUGGGAACCAGAAGUCAGUGAAAUGUCCACCAAUGUACAUCAACAUGGUAGAUGAUCUGGAUUUAGUGAAGCAAUAUCCUUGGGGAGAUGAAAUAUGGAGAGAUUUAUUGGAAAAAGUGCCUAAGUGGACACAGAAUAUUAAAAAGGCAAUAAAAGAUAGAUUCACCUUUCUAGGUUUUGUUUUUGCACUGCAAAUAUGGGCAUUUGAAAGCUUCCCAGCUCUUAGGUUAGCAAAUGUUUGUACGGUAGAGGAAGGCAGAAGGUCAAUGUGGCCAAGACUGCUGAAGUGGUCAGUUCCAAAUAAGACAAACAUUGCUACACUAGCAGAUGCAAUAUUUCAGAAUGAAGAGUUUGAGUAUCAACCAAUGAAACCAACUGAAGAGAAACUUAAGAUUCCAGAAAUACAGGAGUUGCAUAGAAAAAAGACAGUAAAGUUAGCCAAAAGAAGCAAUCUUACUUUGAAGCAUCAACUAUCAAAAGAGGAAGCAGACUUUGCUAUUCAUGAACUUGAAAAAGCAAUUGCAGAGAUCCAAGAUGAUCAUGAAGCUCAUGCUGAGCCCACUGAUAGUGUACCCACUGACUGCAACCAUAAAGAAGAUGUGGGUAUGAAAGAACAAAAUGGUGAGAGUGCAAUAAGGUCAUUAUGCGUCAUAUAAUGGCUGCAGUUAUGCUCCAAUCUAAGAAGACCCAAAAGCUUGAGGCUAGACUAAAAGUGUUGGAAGAUGGAAUGCAAAGACUUCUCAAUGGUCAAAAGGAGCAAACAGAUAUGCUAAAAGCAUUAAUGCUUACAAGAAGCACAUCAAAUGGACAAGCUGAAAACAAGGAAGAAGAAACGGGCUUGGAUAACGAUGAAACAUCUGACACAAGGGCAGAUGAAGAGGAUUUGGUACCAGACAUGCCUAGUUUUGACCUACAUCUUGAUCAAACACAGAAGGGUGAAGGAAAUAUCGUGCAAAAUUUACAAGCUGCAGACCGUGAGGACCAUAAAGUCAAUAAAGAAGUUGAAAGCGAGGAUGCAAAUCCAAUAGGUGCCCAAAAAGAGAAGAC